CACCCCAUCAUUGGUGUCAGUGGGAGGAAUAGCACCCCAUCAUUGGUGUCAGUGGGAGGAAUAGCGCCCCAUCAUUGGUAUCAGUGGCAGGAAUUGCGCCCCAUCAUUAGUGUCAGUGGGAGGAAUAGCGCCCCAUCAUUGGUAUCAGUGGCAGGAAUUGCGCCCCAUCAUUGGUGUCAGUGGGAGGAAUUGCGCCCCAUCAUUGGUGUCAGUGGCAGGAAUAGUGCCCCAUCAUUGGUAUCAGUGGGGAGAAUAGUGCCCCAUCAUUGGUGUCAUUGGGGAAAAUAGUGCCCCAUCAUUGGUAUCAGUGGGGAGAACAGUGCCUCAUCGUUGGUGUCAGUGGGGGAGGAACAG